AUGGAGAGCAAGGAAGGUGCUGACACAACUCCUAAUCUUGAGGAAAUAAGGAUCCAUGUCUUUUCCAUCUUAUGUUUUGUUACAGUUACACAGGAAGAAUGGAGAAGCCACAAUACAAUAGAAAUAGAGAUAAAUCAGACUCUGAAAAUACCAUGCCUUCAAAAUAUCUCCUCGGGAAUUUCAUCUGAGUUCACCUUUGCAUGGUUGGUGGAAGAUAAUGGAACUCAGAAAACACUUUUCACCCGGGAUCACCGCAUCAGCAAAUCCACAUUAUUUAAAGACAGAGUCAAGCUAGGUGCAGACUAUGGGCUCUACCUCUCUCCAGUCCAAAUCCACGACGAUGACCGGAAGUUCUCUUGCCACGUUAUAGUCAGGCCUGGCAAAAUCUUGAGGAGCUCCACCACGGUCAAGGUUUUCGCUAAGCCAGAAAUCCCCAUGAUUAUGGAAAAUAACUCCAUGGAUGUCUUGGGAGAGAGAACAUUUACCUGCUCACUGAGGAAUGUAUUUCCUACAGCAAAUCUCACAUGGUUUAUAGACAGAAGUUUUCCUCAAGGUGAAAGAGAAGAAAUAUACAUUACAAAUGAAGAGAGAAAAGACAAAAGUGGAUUUUUGAACAUAAAGUCUGUUUUCACAAGGGUGUAUGGCAAUGAACCAGCCCAAACAAACAACCUGACCAUCUGGUGUAUGGCUCAGACUCCAGUGCCUGGAAAUAAAAUGUGGAAUAUCUCAUCUGAAAAGAUCACUUUUUCCUUGGGCUCAGUAAACCCUCCGACAGAUCCUGCACUAGGUAUUACAGAAUCUACCCUUGGCACCCAACCUUCUCCAGCCAACAACGUAUCUCCCACAGGAUAUCUAGCUACGUCUUCAAUGGACCCUAUAGAUGUGAGCACCCUGACUCCAAACAACACACCUCAAACAAGCAAUUCCAGUGUGACUACCCAAGGCUUCAACUACUCCUGGACCUCCAGUGGGAAAGACAUCAAAAACUCAGCUUCAUGGAUGCCCAGUGAAACAUACAGUCCAUUCCCCUCAGGUGCGGGCUCCACACUUCAUGGUGAUGACUUCAUCAGCACAACCAAAGAAUUUCCAGAAGUUCCCACAACUGCCAAUAGAUCUACUAAAAAUAAUGACAUCCAUAUCACUGUUAUUGUGGCUAAGAAGCCCAAAGAUGGAACAUCCUGGCCAGUAUUGGUAGCAGCUUUGCUCUUUUUAUGCCUGGUAUCAUUUGGUCUUGGAGUGAGAAAAUGGUGUCAAUACCAACAAGAAAUCAUGGAAAGACCCCCACCUUUCAAGCCGCCUCCACCUCCCAUCAAGUACACUUGCAUUCAGGAGUCCAUUGGAAGUGAUCUACCGUGUCACGAGAUGGAAGCACUCUAA